UUGUCUCCUCGCCCACGGACGCCACGGGGCUUAUUACCGAGCCCCCCUUCCGCAGUGGAGCGCGACACAAGCGACCGACAUCGGUUAUGGAGUUAUGGAGGCCGCGGAGCGAAGUACCGAUACCUCGCAAAAUUGCAUCUCCGCGAUUUUCGCGUGCCUCGCGCUCUCGAUCGUGUACGUGGCGAGCCUCUAUGUCUGGUGUUCGUCGCACAACAGAGAACAUCCGUCGACGAUAAAGAAACGAUUUUUUAGCGUGUUUAUCAUGGCCCUCAUCUCGCCGGCAUCGUUGUACUUUGGAUUAAACGAGAAAGUGUUUCAAAAGGCAACCAUCUGGGAGUUGUUGGGUCUUCGAUGGUCAGGUUUAAUACAAGCGACUGUAAUACCGUUACUAUUAACGAUGAUCUUGUUCCUAGGUCCCUUGAGUCUGCAAGGACUUAGCGGGCUAUGGCGACUAUAUACUGAACCGAUGUACUGGUUAGGAAGUGUACGAACUUUAAUCUGGUGGCGGAAUCAAGUGGUAGCUCCAUUGUCCGAGGAAUGGACCUUUCGCGCUUGUAUGUUGCCGUUGCUCUUGCAGUGCUUCACGCCAACCACUGCCAUAUUUGUGUGUCCGUUAUUUUUCGGGGUAGCUCAUUUUCAUCAUGUAGUAGAGAGAGUGAGGAUGGGAAUGGAUAUCAAGCACGCGUUGUUCAUGUCCUGCUUCCAGUCUGCAUACACGACGUUGUUCGGAGCAUAUGCGGCUUUUCUCUUCGCAAAGACAGGACAUUUUAUUGCACCAUUCGCCGUGCAUUCGUUUUGUAAUCACAUGGGAUUUCCCGAUCUUUCUGAAGUAGUGGCGUACAAAAAUCCGCUAAAGAGAGCUGGACUUAUGUGUCUGUUUGUUAUCGGUUUGAUCGCCUGGUGCUUCUUGUUAACUCCUAUGACACAUCCGUCAUUAUAUUACAAUAAUUUAUUCUGGACUAAAACUUUUCUGUGAGAUUGUAUACGUCCGAUCUUUACAAUAACGCAAUUUAAUCCGACACAAAUACAAAAACUUAACAAACAGAAUUACAAAUUUUCGCGCGGGAUCCGUCAUAAUCGCUCCAUCUCGAUCUAACAAUUCGUAUAAAUUGUUGUGUGAUAUUUUUUAUAUUUGUGUCUAACAGAGAGUAUAACUCAUUAUCUGUUAAAGACUUGCGGAGAGUGUGAAAUAAUUUUAAAUUAAUUAAUUACUAAUUUUAACUAUAUAAACAUUGGAUAACGAUACAUAAUUUAAUCGAUCGUGUGAGCUCUCGACAUAUUGUUAUUAAUAACAUCACCACAUAGUGCCUAUAAGAUUCCAUUACAUUUUUAUAGUUAAUUGUCAAACAAUUGAUUCGGAUAGAUAAACUUGAUUGCGAAAUCAGGAUGAGGACAAAUCUGUUUACGAAUUGAACACCACUUACUCGCAUACGCUGGCAAUACAAUCGCGUUAUUUCACGUUCAAUUCAAUUAUUUGUAUUAAUCUUUGUUAAAGAUUUCUUGCAAACACAAAUUGUAAACAUAAACUUAAGGAACGAUGAAUGUAACUUAUUACAAACAUUUCGGAAAGGAUAUUUCUGAUUAUUUAUACUUUUAUAACAGUUUAUGUGUAUAACACGGUAUGUACGUAUGUAUUACAUCCAUACGUAUCGCAGCGAUGAGGGUUGUUCAAAUAAGCGAAUACUCAAUCGUACACGUACCCCAAAUGGUUUUAUUUGAAUCACAGGAAAGUUACGAGUUACCCAACAACAUUACAAUGCGUUUUUAUACAUGUCCAUACACAUUAAUGAACACACGUAUACAUUAUAUAUGCAGUGAACUAUAACAAAAAUAUAUAAAUAAAUACUUAUGUACACAUAAAUACAAGUAUGUAUGUAAUAAUGUAAUUUGAUGUUCGAAUAUUGUUUAAUUGCAUACAUAAUGUAUACCAUUUGUUAAUCACUCAUCGAGAAAGACUCAUCGAGGAGAGUCUUGUAAAGUUUACAUUAUGAUAAGAUUUUCAAAUGAUAAUCAGGGCAUAAAAUGUUGAUAAUAAUGAUAUCGUGUUAAUGUAAUUAUUAAGUGUUUCACAAUCAAAGUAAAAACGCUAGAAAUUGAUUGAGAUAACAACGUAUCACGUUUGACUCCACGCCAACUUGUGAACGUGUAGAGAUAAAGCGUCCAUUUAAAUUCGACGAAAUUUGUCACUCUCGUCUCAAUACGUUGUAUUAUUAAAACGCGAGAGUAAAACCUUAUAAUAAAAAUUUUUUGUAUUUACGGUUAUUUUCAUUCAUUUUAUAACAAUGAUACAGAAUAUAUAAUUUAUAAACAAAAAACGUGUUAACUUGUCUUAUCUAUCAGUCCGUAAGUUUAGACAACGUCUAUACUUCUUUCUAAGUUUGUCUUACCGAGACAGAUUUACACGAGAUAAAGGUGAUCUGUUUUAAGAGGAUUUGAUAACUCUUUUUAAUAAGAAUAUAUAUUAUAUAACGAUAUAAAUAUAGUACAAAAACUCGAAUAAAUUCUCCAAUAUGUACAAAAAUGUUUUAUUAGAAGUGAUUUUCGAAAAACUUAGAUAUAUGUAUAUAUAU